AUGGCUGAACCAUCUCCUACACAACCUCCGCCAAACUGCGGCUCGGACCAUCCUGUCCACAAGACCCUAGCCAGUGUGGCCAACCUUGCUAACCUUCUCCCAACCGGCUCUGUCCUUGCGUUUCAAGCACUCACACCUUCAUUCUCCAACAAUGGCUCCUGCCAACUUCCCAACGACUUCACCGACAAGCAGGAUGGAAAGCUCUACUAUGGCAUCGCCACAUUCAAUGGCUUCUACAUCUUUAACUACAAUUAUGGUGAUCAGGAUGUUAAGGAAUUAGACAAGUUCAAACUCAGCUUGGUUGAUUUUGUUCAUGCCUUUGUGUCGCCUUUGGUGUUCAUGGUUUUUGCUGCUACCAACUCUAAUCUGCAGAGCUGUUUCUUUCCUGAAGCAGGAGCUAAUGAGAAUGCAGUGAUGAUGAAUUUGCCAUUAGGAGCCGGGUUAUUCUCCAGCUUUCUCUUCAUACUUUUUCCAACUAGACGCAGAGGCAUAGGAAUAUAG